AUGGGGGCGGAAAGAAGGGCCCGCGCUAGGUCAAUGGACCUGCGGGAGGCGAUGGAUGCCAUGAGCGCACCGCAGACCGAUGCGGAGCGACUUGCGUCUCGCGUCGUCGUUCUCCAGACCGUCAUCAGAUUCUUAACGGACCUUCAUUCGACCUCGGCUAGCUUCAAAGACUUUGCUCUGUCUUCCGACUAUCUUCGUCUCCUUCUCUGCAGCCUUUACCCGGCCAUUAGCACCAAGCCUACUUUGAGUCGAAUGUUGCUAGAGUAUCUCCAACGCGAGGAAAUUGCGAAGCUGAAAAGCGUGCGGCUCUGCAGUCAAGCUGUAACCAUCAUCCGAAGAUGCUUCUUAAAAGUAAUCUUGCUCAAGUUGUCCGCCAUCGACGAUCCCCAUACGACUGAUGCCGAAGCGGAUGAGCAUAUGCAUAAAAUCCUCAUCUGGCAGCCCGCCCUCCUUGGAUGUCUGACGGGCGACGAUGACCAAAUGAGGCUCAUUUGGUACCAGCUCUACGCCAAGCUGGUGGAUGAUAGGGAGUCAAUCCGCCUUAGUGCGGCUAGCAUCCUCCGCAUCAUGAUGGUCCAGAAACCGGAUGAAGCGUCGACCCUCCUGGGCCAGUUUAUGACUCCGGAGCAACAGUCCCUCACCAAAGAUUUCGAGAAGCUCACGGAGGUGGACAACGAAGCCUUUGUUGCAUGGGUCGAUCAGCAUCGCCCGUCGCUGGAUUCCCUGUUUUUCGGGGGCAUGUCCAAGAGCUGGGAGGACUGGGUCCGGGUCGAAAAUCAAAAAUGCAUGGAUUCGGUCAAGAUACGACUAGCUAAGCGCAAGGACCGCCUUAAAACAUGGCACGACGAGGGCGUGCGGAACGAGAGCACGAUAUUGAGACAUGAAAUGGGAAAUGGCUCGUGGAUGAAGAGCAUCUUCAACACGGAGCACAUCAAACACCAGCGCCUGAUGCAAGACCAGCAGGAUGAUAUAGCAUACACCGCUUCCACCUACGCAAAGAUGGAAAGAGACCUGACGAGGCCUGGAGGUGUCUUUAGCUAUGGAAACUCGAGUUCUAAAUGGCGCCUGGAUCCUACCGAAGGCCGGAACCGGAUGAGACUGAGGUUGUUGCCCGACUUUUCAGGGAAGCACGACGAGUACCAGCCCAAGAGGAAGGCAACUGAUCAGCUGUCAAGUUCUGCGCUCCGGCGCAACUCUGUUAAUUCCCAAGCGCUGCCGCAGCGAACCAAGGAUACGAGGCAGCCAACCCCGUCCACGCCGGCCCUACUACUACCAGUUCGGAAAGACGGGAGGGAUGGCCCUCAAGCUGCAACAGGUGCCGAUGUGAUGAGCGGCGACGAGUCGGACUCCGGGGUUGGCCCGGAGGAUGAUUUUGAGCUUGUCGAAGACCCCAACGACCCUGCGGACGGCGAAGACGGCUUCGAGGACCGGAACCGCAAGGUAAUGAGGAGACUCCAGCAAGGGGACAAGGUGCAGGCCGUCUACAAUAUUUCGCGCAUUGUCGGACUCGAGCCGUGCGAUGGGAUCCUCAUCCUGGGCAAGGAUGCUCUCUACAUCAUGGACAACGUGUUCCAAUGCGCUACGGGCGAGAUUGUGAACGCCUGGCAAGCACCUCCGGACGAGCGGGACCCGUUCUCACGAAUCAUCAUGGGCAACAGGGCCUCGGACUCGAAGCCGGUCAACUUCCGCACGGAGCAGGAGUCUCGUAGUUGGCGCUGGCAAGACGUCAUUAGCGUAUCUAAGCGCCGCUUCCUGUUCCGCGACGUAGCCAUCGAGAUGUUCUUCACGGACGGCCGCAGUUACCUAUUGACCACGAUCAACCCCGUCACAAGAGAUGAUCUCUUUGCGCGACUUUUCACAAAGGCGCCUCACAUGGGCAAGCCAAGCCUUCUCCCCAACCCGGAGGACGCGUGGCGGCUAGAAUCAUUGAGAGUCGUCGACGAAUCGCCCCAGGGGUUCGGCUCCAAGUUUGGCAACCUAUUCAACAGCUCGCCCUUGAACCCGAUCAUGAAGAAGUGGCAGAAAGGGGAGAUAUCCAACUUUCACUAUCUCAUGAUGGUCAACACAAUGGCUGGCCGGACUUUCAACGAUCUCACGCAAUAUCCCGUCUUCCCGUGGGUGAUUGCGGACUAUACGAGCGAGGAACUCGACUUGACAGAUCCGCUAAACUUUCGAGACCUAUCCAAGCCGAUGGGUGUGCAGACGGGGAGCCGAAUCCCGGGGUUCCACGAGAAUUACCGGACCCUCCUGGAGAUGGGCGACACGCCAUACCACUAUGGAACGCACUACAGCUCGGCCAUGAUUGUCGCAUCAUACCUCAUCCGGCUGCCGCCGUUUGUGCAGUCGUAUAUACUCCUACAAGGCGGUACCUUUGACCACGCCGACCGGCUAUUCCACUCCAUCCCAGGCGCAUGGAAAUCGGCUUCCUCGAACAACAAGACUGACGUGCGCGAACUGACGCCAGAGUUCUUUUGCCUGCCCGAGUUCCUCGAGAAUAUCAACGGGUAUAACUUUGGUGCGAAGGAGAGCUCGGGAGAGCAGGUGAAUGACGUGGUACUACCACCCUGGGCCAAAGGCGACCCCAAGCUGUUCAUCCAGAAGAACCGGGAGGCGCUCGAGUGCCCUUAUGUGAGCCAGAACCUGCACCACUGGAUCGACCUGAUUUUCGGAUAUAAGCAGCAAGGCGAGGCGGCGGUAGAGAACAUGAAUGUCUUCCACCCCUUGUCGUACCGCGGCACGACGGAUCUCGACACGAUUGAGGAUCCGCAGGAGAGGGCGAUUGUGGUGGAAACGAUCCACAACUUUGGGCAGACGCCGCAUCAGGUGUUUGCGAAACCGCACCCAGGGCGGGAGGUGCCGCGGGGGCUAGGGAAGAGGCUCGACUUUGCGGUAGGGGCAUUAACCAGGAGCCCUUACCCGCUGUUCGAAUGCCACGAGCGAGUGUCCUCACUCUUGUACGCGGCCAAAGCGGACCGGCUGUUGUGCACGGCGCCUUUCCGACUAAACUUUGCGCCGUACGACAAGUAUCUCGAGUGGGGCUAUGUGGACGGUAGCAUCAGGUUCUUCUUCACGGAGAACCGCAAGCCGGCAGGACUGUUCGAGAACAUACACAACGGGCAAAUCUCAGUCGCCAUGUUUGUCGAUUCGAGGACGCUUAUUCUCGCAGGCAACGAUUGCGUCAUCUCCGUCUUUACAAUCAUGACAUCGCCCGGAAAGCCGGUAGAGCUGCUCUCGAGGGCUCCGCUCCACGGGCACAAGACGCCAGUGACGACGCUGACGGCCUCCAAGUCGUUUAGUACGCUCGUGUCGGUCUCGGAGGGCCAAACCUUUCAUCAACGACGUGUCGGGGAGAUUAUGCUCUGCUCGGGCCCCAACGUGGUCCUGUACAACCUCAACGGGUCUUUGUUGCUGGACCAGCGGGUGUGCACGGAGCCCGACGACUACGUCCACUCUUGCGCCUUUUACGAAGGCGCGGGCAGCGAGUGGCUCGAAAAUUACCUCGUGUUUACGGGGCAUAAGCGAGGGCGGGUCAAUGUGUGGAGGAAGGCGAACCGGGAGGGCAAGUGGGUGCUGGAGCUGAUGCGAAGGCUGGAGCACGGAGAUGGCGCGGCGGGCGUGGGCCGCGGGGUGCCGGAGGGCGGAGUGCUCGUCAAGGGGCCCGAGACCAAGGAGGACGCUGCGAUUACGUGCAUAACGCCGAUGCCAACGUGCCUGUACACUGGCGACGAAGACGGCAAAGUGUACGAAUGGAACACCACGCAGCACCGGGACAGGUAG